AUGCCGCUUCGCGAGACCGACCCAGAUUUUGAGAGCGACAUCUUCAAAAAGCUCAAGGCAGCGUUAAACGCCAAGUUUGAGGUUGCCGAAUACGAACCCCCGCUGCCGCUCCUCCUCGUCGAUGAAUAUGCGCCGAAGCAACUGCUGUGCCAUGAACCUACCGAGGAGACCAUCGCCAUCAGCACCCACUUAUCGGCGCGCAUCCAUGCCUAUUACGAACAGCUUGCCGCCGCCUACAACGGGAUCGAAGAUCCGCCAGCCAGUAUCGCCAUUGAGCUCGAAAUCCAGCCGCAGGAAUUUGACCCAGAGGAGCCGCGUUGCCACCAUCGCAGGUAUCACUCGCGCCGCCUGCGGCUGCACGACCCCGAGACACUGCCAGAUCUGCCCUUUGUGAACAGCCUGGCCAUCAGGUCAAGGGCGUACGGCGGCGCCGAGCUCGCGACAGACAUACGCCCUCUGUCUCCCCUCGUGCCUCUGCAGUGCCUCAUCCACCUGCCGGCCGUCCAACAAUGGAAUGCUCCCUGGUUGUGGGAGCGGCCCAUGCCCGCCGUCAUGCCGAGUAGGGUAAUGCGCGAGCACUAUAACUGGCCGUGGGAGGGCCCUCUGCGAGACGCCCGCCACGAGUUCGGCGCCGCUAUCAUGGACCAGGAGAAGCACCUCUGCGGGAAAAGGAUCCCCGCCACUCUGGCCAGGGUCGUACUGCACUUCUGGACCAUCUUCCGGCUCCCCAAGGAUGACCAGUCCGUAGCCCGGCCAAACCUAAUCCAUCCUGCGGACAAGGACCUGGUGUCUGUCGGCCUGUGCAGGCUUGGUGCGCAGCUGAGCCUGUUCGACGUGCGUGCUUUGGUCACUUCAGACCUGUUCCCUAGUCCCGAGGCACCAACCGACCAACAGUGGUCACAGAUGCGGCGGUUUCGGCUUGAGUUCCAUUCCCUCCGUCCGGACGGACGGUGGUAUUUUGUCGGCCCCGGUGGCGAGGAUCCGCACGACUCUGAUCAAGGAGGGUACCAGAUCUCAUCCAUAGAACACUACCCCCGCGAAACCGACACGGAGGAGGACGAGGCCCUACACAAGGAGUACGACAACAACGCGGCCGACGAGUAUGAACUCGACCCAAAUAUGUUCCGCACCGAGCCUUGUAGGGAGCGGAUCGAGCCCCUGCUUGCGGCGUUCGCAAAGUCUCUCACUUGCGAUAAUAUGCCGAACCUCGAGGACGCCGAGGUUUUCACGCACGUGUGGUGGCAACCCUCAGACGAGAGACUAGAGGAGAAAUACGGUUUGCCGAUGAAAGAGGGCCAUAGAUGGGGUGUCAAGUUCAUUGCCGGGCAUGGUGGUGAGGAAAAGCAGAAGAACGGCGAUGCUGCUGCUGCGGCAACGACACCACCGGUGGUGCAGUGGCAGGUUGGCGACUGGAGACCCAGCGAGGAGGUCAUGAGUCUGUUUGAAAGCCUAGGACGGCAGGAGUGGCUCGAUUUCGAGUGGACUAAGUAUAGACCUAUGGGGGGACACGACUUGCUGGGAAAUCCCGACUCUGUACCUAUAUAG